ACAUCCAUCUGUCAAACGAUUCAACGGAGAAGGGCUAAAACUGCCAACACUCAAGUGAAAAUCGUGUUUCUGCACCGGAAAAAUGGUCGAAUCCAAAUCGGAAAAACCUGACGUGAACAAGGAGAACGUCGAUCCAUCCAAGGAGAUGGAAAUCGACGAGGAGGAAGACGUUCCGACGAAGGUUUUCACGAUCGAAAUUCUGCGGGUGAUCAAGGAUUUGCAGCAGCAGCAUGGUCUCCGCCACGGAGAUUUUCAACGCUAUCGUGGAUACUGCUCGCGAAGGGUCAAGCGUUUGAGGAAGACAUUGAAUUUGCCCCAGGGUGAUAAGCGGCACUACAAGAAGAGGGACGUCACGAUGGCCAACCUGGAGAAGGAGAAUUCCGACGAGAGGUUGAUCCAUAUUCCGCUAAUGUUGGCCGAAAGGGCCUGGGCUUAUGCGAUGCAGCUGAGGCAGGAGUCUAAUACGGAACCGAGAAAGCGGUUCCAUUUGGUGGGCAAGCUGAGGAAGGCUACGGUCUAUGCGCUGCAGCUGCAGGAACUGUGCAACUCGGAAUAUUGCGAUGCCAGGACCAAGUUGGAAGCGGAGGCCUACUCGGCUUGGAUCCAUGGCUCGUUGCAUUUUGAGCUGUCCCUGUGGAAGAGUGCUGCGGAGAAUUUGAAGAAGGCGCAGAUCAUUUACGAGAAUUUGGCGCAGACGCUUCCGGAGGAGGAGCAGGUCGUUUACAAGGCUAAGGUGGACGAAUUGACGCCGAGUCUGCGCUACUGCGCCUACAAUGUUGGGGAGAAUGCCUCGAUGAAUGAUUUGCUGGAGAUGCGUGGACAGGGAAUGCUGGACAAUUUGAGCACUUUGGUGGCGCAGACGAAAACCGAGAGCAUGGAGGCGUUCCAGACUACGGAAUGGCGCGGCCGAAAGGUUACGGUUCGUCCGGAAAAGGUCCGCUUGUUCUUGUUGAGCAUUCAGGAUUUGGAGAAGAGCAUCGAGAAAGCGAAGGAUUAUCCGAGCAAGAUUGAGCUGCUGGAGAAUGUUCUUUUGGACUGUAAGGAUGCCAUUUCGGCUAUUAAAGAUGAAAUUAAGCAGGAUCCCAAGUUGAGAACGAGCAGCGAGUCCGGAACAAUGACUGCCACUCAGUACUUGUUGACUUACUUGUCUUACACCAGAUUGAAGUUGACAUUGGAGAGGAACCUGUUUAUGGUAGCUCAAGGAAAGCUGAGUCUUGAUGACCCGAACGCUCCGGAGAAGGUCCAGAUCGAAUGCAAAAAGACCAAGCCACAGGACUUGUCACGGUUGUAUGAAAUCAUUCUCCAAAAUGUGUCGGAAAUGCAGCAGCUGCCAGGAAUGGAAACCGAUUCGGCCUAUCAGUCGGAAAUCGAAACUUUGACACUCACCUUUAAGUCAUUCCGCUGUUACUACAUUGCCAUAACCUUGGUAGCGCUGAAGCGAUGGCGCGAAGCCGUGGCCUUGUACGAGCGGUCCACAAAGUAUGCCUCGGAAGCAAUUGCCUCCAAAGCCAUUUCCAAGGAUUUCGACCUCCGCAACGAACUGAAGCAACUGAUCCAGACCAUCGAGGGAUGCAAAUUCUCCGCGCACGCCAACAGCGUCCUCGAGGAAGACACCGCCGAGGAAUCGGUUCUCUACGGCAAGGCCACCAAAUCCUCCAAGCCCCUCUUCGAGCGCCUCUCGCUCUACAAGGAGGACGCCUCGCUCAACUCCCGCAAUCCGAACGUGUUCAAGCUGACGCCGGAGAUGCAGCCGAUUCCCGCCAAGCCGCUGUUUUUCGAUCUGGCGCUGAACUUUGUGGAGUUUCCCUCGUUGGAGGACAAGGUGGAACAGAAGGGUGCCGGCGGCAAGCAAGCUGCCGGAAUGUCCGGAUUCGUCAAGGGACUGUUCGGCUGGGGUGGCAGUGCUGGAAAGUAGAAAGGGUUUUGGUAUUACUAUAAUGGGGAUUUUUCCAGUUAUUAUUUUUGUUUGCUUUUCAAAAGUGGAAUCAUUACUAAUAUAUGACAUCUUCUGUAACACGUAUGGCCAAUAAAGUAUAGCGCAUUUGUUGUACCGAA